UAUACAAUGCAAGAACUGGAAGGACACACAGAAAGAUUUAUUACCCAUCGUAUUGCCAUCAGAUUUACAACUGACUCAUAGGAUAAAGGGAGACUCGAUAGCUGUAAGAGCCAUUUGUCAAGACCCAGUGAUUGAAACCCAAAAAGAAGACAGAAGAAGAGAGAGAAAGGCCAUGGGGAUUUAUAAAGGGAAAAAUGUAUGUUGGCACCAGCCUUUCUUCUUCUUGCUGCUGAUGAUCACAGUGUCACCCACCCAAAGUCAAGGAUGUCCUCAGCGUUGCGAUUGCAUUACCAAGCUGAAGACUGUGUCCUGUUUUGCUAAACGCCUUUCCUCCCUGCCUGAGGGAAUCCCACCAGACACCAAAGUCUUGGACCUAAGUGGGAAUAAACUACGCUGGAUAGAACAAGAUGAUCUUCUUCCAUAUUCACGCCUGGAAAAAUUAGAACUUAGUGAUAAUAUGAUCAGCGUCCUGGAGCCAAAUGCAUUUUCAAGUCUUCAGAACUUGCAGACACUUUCUCUAAGGGGUAACCAGUUAAAACUGGUUCCAAUGGGUGCUUUCUCACGUCUCUCCAACCUCACCUCAUUGGAUUUAAGUGGAAAUAAGAUUGUAAUUCUUUUGGACUACACUUUUCAGGACCUAAAAAGUCUGAAGAAUCUGGAAGUUGGUGACAAUGACUUGGUUUACAUAUCUAACAAAGCUUUUCUUGGUUUGGUAGGACUCAGGGAACUGACAAUUGAAAGAUGCAACCUGACAUCAGUGUCCAGUCAAUCAUUAUCUUAUCUACAUAAUCUAGUAACUCUGAGGCUCCGAUAUCUUAGCAUAUCCUCCUUAGACGACCAGAAUUUUCGAAAACUUGGAAAUCUUAGGGGUCUGGAGAUUGAUCACUGGCCAUUUUUGGAAUACAUAUCCCCUCAUAGCCUACAGGGUCUUAAUUUGUCUUGGCUGUCCAUCACCCACACCAACAUCACCUCUGUACCAACAUCUGCACUUCGUAGUCUGGCUCACCUCACCAUCCUCAAUCUUUCUUACAACCCAAUAACUGUGUUGGAGUCUUGGGGCCUGCGAGACCUCAUCAGGCUGAAGGAGCUGCAUCUAGUCAACACUAACCUGGCAGUAGUGCAGCCCUAUGCGCUUGGGGGUCUGAGGCAAAUACGGCUUCUGAAUCUUUCAAGCAACAGGUUGGUAACCCUAGAGGAGGGAGCCUUUCAGUCUGUCAACACUUUGGAGACGCUUCGUUUGGACAGAAACCCUCUUGCAUGCGAUUGUCGUCUGCUCUGGAUCCUUCAACGUAGGAAGACCCUCAAUUUUGAUGGUGCCUCCCCUGUGUGUAUAGCCCCUGUUGAAGUCCAAGGACAGGCUCUGAGUGCUUUCACUGACUCAGCUCUAUUUGACCACUUUACCUGUCAGAAGCCUAAAAUCCGCAACAGGAAACUGCAGCAGAUAUCUGCACGUGAAGGGCAAGUCGUUUCAUUUAUCUGCAGAGCAGAAGGUGAACCCACACCAAUUAUAUACUGGAUUACUCCUCAGCGUCGGCGCAUAACUACAAAAAGUAGUGGACGCUUGACUGUAUUACCGGAGGGCACCCUGGAAAUACGUUAUGCCCAGGUAACAGAUAGUGGAACCUACAUUUGUAUAGCUAGCAAUGCUGGUGGAAAUGACACCUACUUUGCUACACUUACAGUAAGUGGACUGCCGCUGGAUGCAGCACUCAUGGCUAACCGCACAUAUUAUGCGGGGGACCUUAAUGACACAAAUUUGAAUGACACCAAGGUGUUCUUGAAGUUCACCCUUGACCUUAAAACCAUUCUUAUAUCUACAGCUAUGGGCUGUAUCAUGUUUCUGGGAGUGGUCCUGUUCUGCUUCAUUUUGCUUUUUGUGUGGAGUCGGGGGAGAGGACAGCACAAGAACAACUUCUCUGUUGAGUAUUCUUUCAGAAAAGUUGACGGACCUGCAGCCAGUGGAGGCCAGGGGGGUGCACGCAAGUUCAACAUGAAAAUGAUUUGACUCUGCAAAACUCUUGGUGUCUUCUAUUUGUUCAUUUAUAAACUAAGAUGAAAAGUAACAGGACAAAUGUGGAAAAACGUAAAAAAUUGAUCAUCCUAUGGACAAUUUAUUAGAUGUUUUUUUUAACUGUUGUAUGCAUGCAAAAUUUCAAACUACAGUAUGAUGCUUUGAUACAUUUCUACAGCUAUUUGUUUUGUUCAUAUAAUUGUAAAUAUUAGUUCAAUUCAAAUGAAAUAGGUCUCAAAACUUUAAUGAGACUGUUAAAAACCAAACCACUUAAGCACUCUACAUUCUUCCAGUAUUAAACCUUCACAAAAGUCAUGCUGAUGCGUUCUUUCCUGAAAUGAUGUCAUCCUCACCUUUGACCUCCAACCCUCUGCUCCAUUUGAGGUGACUCAAGAACACCCUGCUGAUGAAGACACAACUACAAGGUGGUGCUUAGUAAUUGCCAAGGACUAUAACUAUUUAAUGCAAAUUUAAACCUGUAUAAGAUGCAGGCAUUUCACAAUGGAUUAUCCAAUGGAUUUUUUUGAAAAUAGACCAACUUAGUACCAGUCUCUGGAACACUGCCACUUUCACUACAGAGCACAUUGUGCCGAGCUGGACAGAUUUAUUUAAACCCUGGAUAAAGUACUGUAAAAAAUAAAAAAUAAAAUAAAUAAUAAUAAUAUUUGCUUUAGUUGCAAAAGUUGGGUCUCACAUUAGAUUUGUUGUAAAAAAUGGAACCUUUGAGUUAUUUAUUUAGCUAUGGUACUUCUAAUAUCCCUUGAAAAACAAGAAAAACUAAAAUCUUUAAACAAACUAAUACCUUAUUACCUUAUAGCUUAUGUAUUCAAAGACAGAGACCCAGUUCUGUUAGCUACUGGCCUACAGUGUGCACAAAGCCUCAUAUUUAUGUCUUUAUGCCAGACAAACCUGUGGGUUAAGAUGAGUUUAGUAUUGAGAUUUUAGGACAAAGAAACCCCACCUCAGAUGGGUUUGGUAUAAAACGCACAAUAAAUUGUGGAAAUGUACCUCAUUGAAGUGAUGUAUACUCUGUUAUAGUGGUGGCCUGCUUCUCUUCCAAAAAGCCUGGGAACCAUAUUAGAGUUGAUAUUGUCAUUACACUGUCAUGGUUACAGAGCAAAAUUAACUCUCUACUUUUAAUCCAUCCCCUUGGGGAGCUGUGGGCUGCCAUUGUGUGGCUCCCGGGGAGCAUUGUGGGCGUUAAGGGUCUUUGCUCAGAGACCUAGAGUGGCAGUCUGUGGGAGUGGGGCUCGAGCUCAGAACCUUAGAAUUCCAAGCUCUAUGCCUUAACCACUAGGUCACCACUCCCAUCAGAGUCUCCUGUCCAGCAUCAAGAACUCUAGGAAAUACCAGGAAUUUCAGAGUCUUUAAUAGGAUACUAAUCUGAACCAUAUGCUUAGAUCGACUUAGCAAUGAUUUGCUAAUAGCGCUGAAACAAUUAAUCAAUUAUUUUAAUAACCGUCAACUAAUUAGUAAAUAAUUAACUGUUAACUAGAGUAUAGAGACUCUGAAACAUGUCUUUAGCUGACAGAGCAACCCAAUUAGCAGUAAUUAUACCAAAAUUUUUUUUUUUUAAAUGUAUAAACAUGUUGCAUUUAGGAUAAGAAAACUUUCUCU